AGUUUUCUCAUCUCGAAUGAAUACUUACCCUGUUUUCCUUUUACGUGAAGUAUCAUAGUUAAUAUCCCACGUUGACCCCUAACAAUAACUCACUUCUAUCGUGAAACCGGUUUAUUAUAGGCGGCCCUUUUUUUGCUGAGGCCGGAGCUAAAAAACAGGUUUUUAUUUCGGCUCGGUCAUAUUAAGUAGUUGAAACUCGCGCAGAAAAAGAUGUACGCCGACGUGUCGCGGCUGCGACGGGCGGCGCAGGGCCAGCAGUACCCGAUGGGGGUUCUGCGUCCGGGUGAGGACCGGAAGAAGCCGCUCGACACGCUUUUGUUCACCCCCGGUAUGUACUUUCGGUACAACAUUCGCACCAACACGUUGUACCACCAGGCGCUGCGGCAGUACCCCUCGACGGUGGAGGAUUCCGGCUACUACUACGAGAACCCGGUGUUGGCGUUCUACACGGACUGCGCCGCCGCCAUUCCAGACCACUUUUUCAACGAGAACGCCAAGGAGCACAAGCGCGUGGUCGAGAAGCGGCUGAACCCGGUUCGGGAGAACGUGGCCACGUACUACAUGAAGUUUAUGGAGUAUUUGAAGGAGGCCCUUGCGACCUACAAGUGCCGCAAGAUCUACCUGCCCUUCUCGGGGGGUUUGGCACACCAGUUCGAGAUCCCGCAGGUGGUCUACCUGAACACCGAGACGCGGCAGUGCGGGAAGUUGCAGCAGGGGCACUGGUGGAACGUGGACCACCGGAAGGUUGCGGCCCUCGGAGUGCUGCACUCGGAUAGCACGUUAUACGAUACGGCGAUCCAUGACUCCACGGAGUACACCACGACCGUGGAAUUUCUGGACCUGGCCCGGUGCUCCCCGGAAGUCGUCAUUGUCUGCAUCAUCCGCCGCGGGUGGGGUGAGGGCGAGGUCACGCCGGGGAUCCUGAUCGAACCUAACAAGGAGGAGUCGGAAGACGACCCAGAGGCGCUGUCAGCGACGGCUUCGGACGAGUACAUCGCUCACUUGUUUUAUGACAGCAAUUGUAGAGUACAACUUGGAACUGCAGAAAAUCAAAAUGAGAACUGUUUGGUUUAUACAUUUAGCGAUCGUGAAUGAAGUUUCCUUUACAUCAUCUUGAAAAAUGUUUGCUGCACGCUCCCACCGUUGCUACUAGGUCUUCAGGUGACAUGCUUGACCAAACGUCAACCUUCCCAAAAAAAAAUUUGCCACAAAAAAACAGGGAAGUGAUGAUUUUCGACGACCCGCGCCCGGAUCCGGACGUGAAGCCGUCCCUGGAGGCCGUGAAAUCCGACGCAAUCCUAUCCAAUAAAAAAACGUUGUUAGUGUAAGUUUGUGAUGCGCAACACUCAAGAUGAUUGCGUGUGUCAUGCAUGGCAUGCAUCGUAAGGCCCAUUAAAGGGCGUUUUCACGUACUAUCUGCGCAUGACAGGUUUUUGCUGUCAUGCCAGACAAAUUUGUAAUGCUAUUCCUUCAAAAAAGUUACACCUACAAUGUUUUUUUCUUGGAUAAAUCCGGGUGUCGCAGCUGGUCGGCGACACCAUGAGGUUCGCAAUCACGGAAGACCAGGAGUGGGGGCGACAGGCGCUGCUGCACUCCGUGGAGAACUUGGUGGAGUCGGGGAAACUUACCUCGGAAAAGGGCGACAUCCUGCGCGUCCUGGAGGAACAGAUUACGCUCGCCGACGAUUACUUCUACCUGCUCGGGGAGAGGACCGAGUUCUGCAAGAACAACUUCUCCAUGCUGAACCAGUUGAAAAACAAGUACGACGUCUGGCUGUCCUACACCUUGUCCUUGAUGCAGGAGCGCGACCCAGAUAUCUUGAUUCGCGACCGCAACCACGCCUUGGAAACCGGAGAAGUGCUCGCGAGUCUCUGCAAGCAGCUGGCAGCCUUGGCCUACGAUUCCAGUGAUAGGGUAAAACUUUCAUUUUUGGUGUGUUCUACAAAGAGUCUUCGAGUGCUGUCCACCCACUUGGCAUGUUCAUAGAAGCAUCAUGGUGACGUUGUUUUUGAAAUUUCAGCAGAUACAAACAGGGGCGAUGUUUAUCAGAAAAUAACCCGAAAAAUCUAUUUUAUUCCAAUCCUCCCCAGGUCGUCGAGCUUGCCUCCGUGCUGGCGCCCCAGCUCGUGCACUACUUCUGCGUGAAGCUGUACCAAAACGGGGACAGCAAGAUGGGUGCGGGCACGGGUCCGGCCUUCGAGGCGCUGGUCGCGAACAUGGCGCGCACCUUUUUCUUCGACGAGCUGCAGCUGCACGCCUACAACCUGUUGAUGGACCUGCAGAACGCCAGCAACUGGAAGGCACUGCUUCCCAUCGUUGCCGGGCACAUCGCAGAGAAGCUGGGCGUGUACGUGCUGUGCACCUUCAGCCUCACCGAGGGCCAGGACCCCGUGGCCAACCGCUGGGCGUGGCGCCGCGACGCCGCGGAGCGCAUGAUGACCAACCUGCGGGAGGCCAUCCCGAAUAUUCUGUACCCUGACCGGGACAACCACGUCCUCACCGCGUUUGAGCCGCUGUUCUUCCGCUUCUUGCGGAACGACCCGCUCGCGGCGGCGGAAGUCCCGAAAAUGAAGCGGUACGGCGAGUUUUUGGCGACCUUGCUCACCCACGACGGGUUUUUGGUGCGCCAGUGGGGGUACCAGAAGGGAAAGGAGUACAAGAACCGCGCGAAGAUGUCCGAAAUUUACAAGCAAGCGAUCACGGAAGUCAAACUGCGAAUGGAGGUAUACAUAGGAACGUAGCUGUGUAGUUUGAGCGAUUUACAACGAUGGAAGGUGUUUUUGCAUUUUACUUGUUUGAUUGAGCACAUUUUUGAUUUUUGUCACAGCUGUGAAGCUGCUGCUGCUCCUUGGAUCCAGGUUUUUUUUCUGGAUUCCAGCCUGUUUGCGUUUCUUUGUGGUUGUUUCCAAUAAACCAAAAACCCCUCCUGCUACUAUCUAAACAGCGCGAGAUGCUCUCUGGGAAGUACAAGGAUGAGGAGGCCGAGAAGUGCUGGGCGGCUUGUUGGGAGGAGUUGACGAUGACCAUCAACGCCUGUUACGUGGAGAUGAACAUGACGGAGGGGUUCGAGCCCCGUUCCUUUCGCACCUUCUUCCUGGAGCUGCUGGCCGAGCAGGAGCGCGAGAUAUUGGAGGAGGAUUUCCGGGGCAAGGAACCGGACUGGCAGAAGGAAAACCGACAGAAGCUGAUGCAGCUGCUGCUCCAAUCGGUCGACGACCGGGAGCGCGAGGUGAUCGAGGAGGUGGGCGCCAACACGGCCACGAAGCCCAAGUCGUCCCGCGCCGUCCUGUUCACGAACGUGCUCCAGAUGGUGAACGGCGAGAUGCAGAGCCUGCGCAACCUGGUGCAGCUGUUUCUGCCUCUUCUCGGGGAGCACUCGAAAUACUUAGAGCGCCUGGAAAAGGCCGUCGAGGCCGCCAAGGCCCGGGGGGACGCGAUCGCCGCGCUGGACCUGCAGAAGGAGCUGCAGCAGGCGAAGAUGGAAAAGUACUACACGAUCAGCGCGAUGUCGCGGUAUGUGGCGGUCUUUCUGCAGCUGAAGUGCGUGCCUUCGAAGCACAAGCGGGACAUUCUCGAGGAGGAAAACGACCGCGCCGAGGCGCUGGCGGACUCCGUGGUGAACACGCAGUUCGGCUCCCACGCGCCCGCGGUGCUGUCGCACGCCCCAGGCGACGUGGAGUACUACGACCAGUCGAUUUUGUACUUCUUCGACCUCUUCCUCUGCAGCUGCAUCGAGGACAUCAAGUACACGCACUCUAUGCGCGAGUUCAUGAACCAGUGCCGGUUGCGCGUCAUGGAGUUCUUCUGGGGGGUGGACAUCGACCUGGUCGCGAAGAAGUACACCAUCCCGGGUUUCCAGGUGGCCACCAUCAGCGACUGCCCGCGCGAGCUGUUCAUCAUGACGGCGGUCAUGUUGACCAAUUGCGUGCAGCAGAACGUCGAGGACAGCUUCCAGAACGCGAAGGAGACCAUGGAGGUGUUGUCCGACCACGUGAACGCGUUCUUGAUGGACGUGGUGUGGCGGAAUAACCAAUCGAUCGCGGAAUCCUCCGCCGCGGGCAAGACCUCGAUCACGCGGGCGCUGUCCGACGUGUUUUUGAAGCCCAAGCAGAACAAAACUGUGCACUUCAUGUACGGCAACAAGUUGGCGCCGCAGGCGUCGGUGCUGCUGUCUUCCUACGAGCAGUCGAUGGGCUUGAUCCGCACGUCACUGAAACAGCAGUUGCCCAUGAUGGACCACUUCUUCAAGAAGUGCAACAAGCACCAGGUGCAGGCCAGUGAUUUGACCAUGCAGGACCGCGAGCGGGGGGUGAUCGCCGCGCUCACCAUCGGGUGCGUGAACCGGUUGGAAAACAAGGUGAACCUGAUCGAGCUGGUCGAGUGGGUGCACCUGUGCGUGUGCCGCAGUACCAACCACGUGCCGCGGAUGAUGCGGUCGUUUUUGACCCACUUGAUGUGCCACAUCGACAUCUUUUACCCCUGCGACAAGAUGCGCCGCGGGGAGAUCAUCGCGACGCUGAGCGGGCUCUUGCACAACGCGCGGUGGAACACGCAGGAAGGCAACCAGCCGCGGGAAAUCUGCUGCAGCGAGCCCAUUGUGGCCAUGGAGGAAGUUGCGGAGUUUUUGGUGCGGGUCUCGAACGAGUGGAGGCGGAAAGUUUCGGUCACGAGCUUUGUCGACACCGACCCCAUCGCGGAGAAGGGGGAAUUGUCCGCCGACGACCGGGUUUUGUUCUUUCUGCAGAUGCUCGCGACGCACCAUUUGGGCAUCACCAACACCAUGCAAACGACCGUGACGAUUCUGUACGAGAUGUUGCGGUAUCCCUGUACGAUUUCCGCCGAGGGGGACGCGCUCUACAUUCUCACCUUAAACGCGGGGCUCCGGCAGUUUCAGGCGUUUUUGUUGCUGACCAAGGAUUUCUUAUUCGCGGAGGAGAGCGGCUACUUGUCGCAGACCGCGGUGGAGGCGUGCCUGGUCUGCCUGCAGAACGUCGCACUCAAGCUGGCCGGCACGGACGUGGGCUUGAAGUGCAAGUGGAUCCAGCUGAUCGUGAUGCAGGAGAUGCGGCGGCUGACCGAGGACGACUUCCCGAAGGGUUUCGAGCGCCUCGCCAACAAGAUCUCCGCGCUGGUCGCGUUUUUGAUUCCGGAGAGCGUCAAGGGGUCCAGUGCCCAGGACCCGGUGGUCGUGGACACCGUGGUGAAAUUCAUCGAGAAACAGGAGAAAUUCAUCCUGGACUACAUGGACUUUUUGUACCACGCCAUCCAGCAGGACCGGGCGCAGGGCAACACGAAGUCCGCGUUCAAUCUGACCGAGACCUACGAGCGCUACAUUGCGGAAGCCAUGCGGGAUCCGCUGCGCUGGCAGUUCGAGUACGGCCAGAGCGCCGAGGUGCUGCGCAAGCUGCCCACCGCGUGGAAGGCGGAGCAGACCUCCGAGGGCAUCGAUCUGCAGCUGGAACUGGGGGAUCGCGUCAAGGACAUUUACCCCAAAGUGUUCGGGCCGGGCACAUCCGCGGAAAAGCCGACAGAGACGGUACUGGUUCUUGACUAGGUUUGAUGUUUGCAUCAUGCACAUACAUGAUCCACCAGAUAGUGAGAUGUAGUAUCUAUGUAAGAUUCUUUGUCGUAAAAGAGAUCACAUUUUAUAAUUCCAAACCAACACCUACCUCAGGCCGUGCGUGAAUUUGAAUCGGCGCAGACUGCGCUGACGGUUGCGGAGCGCAUGGCAGUACCCACCGAAUACGUGCCCCUCCGUGCGUCCGCCAUGGCACCGGAGGAUUUCCGUGUCGCUUUGCAGAGCCAGAUCCAGGCGCGGGACUCCGGAGAGCCUGAAGCAGGAACAACCCGAGCUUCCGUCGGACCGGCUGGAAGGGCGUCGCAAAUCGGAAACGCAAGUACGCGGGAGCCUAGUAGACGAGCCAGCGGAAGUGCGUUCAACGAGCCGCGGGCAAACCGAGACAGCGCAGCGCAAAACGCCGGCAAUAAGAGUGGCUCUUCGCGGAAGAGCAGCACCGACAAGAGUAAGAGUAGCAAAUCGUCUAGCAGCCGAAAGGCCGGAUCAUCAUCUACGUCCUCCUCGUCGUCCUCCUCGUCGUCGUCCUCCUCAUAGAGCGGCGAUCCAUAGGACUAGACAGAGGAUCAGGAUAUUUUGACCAGCUGGGCUUCGAUUUCGGAUGUUCUUGAAGAUCAUCGGAUGAUUUCUUUUUACCCUUAACCAUCAACGUGUUUUUUUCUGAAUUAGCAACCACAAUGUUCAAUCGUGACAUCUUGACAAAAAGUUACCUUUCAAUACUAACUCAUCCCAUUGGAAGAUUUUUCUUUAACAUAAGUUUGCAAAUCAAUGCCAGAGUUCAAAAUGCUCUAGUACAUGCAGAAUGUCUCAAACUGUGCCAUACUCACCUGUUUUGUAGUAUAGACGAUGUUAGAAAGUAAACUUUUGUUCACAACCUUUGUAAAAAAUUAUCUUGCAUAUGCAUAGUUUGGUUUCUUUGACAAAUUUUCUUUUAGUAGUUUAUAGCACAAUCACAUUUGCACGAUAGCGGCCAGGACAGCCGCCGUCUGGUUUGUACGAUUUCAACAUACAUCUUUAAACGGGAAAAUUUACAUUGUACAUACCUUCUGGAGAAAAAAAACAGCCCGCAAGACGAAGAACGAGCGUGGUCGUUCAAAAAAAAAACGGAAAUUCUAGUGCUGUUCCAUUCGGUGACAGAUUUUGACAAGAAAGCG